AUCAGUUUUGCGUUUUUGUUUAUUAUCCCCAAAGAAUAUCCUUCCGUUGCUGACUUCCGGAUCGUCGGUGGAGAAUUAGUCACUAAUCCUGAAGAAUUUACAUAUCAUGUAUUUAUCGAAAAAAUUUGGAAUUCUACCAAAAUUUUUAAGUGUGGUGGGGCAAUUUAUAAUGAAGAAAUAGUCAUUACCACAGCCCACUGUUUAUACUUUCCGAAAGAAUUGGGUGGCGAAUUGGCUAAACCUAGGAAAAUCUGGGUCACGGCAGGGACGCAUGAUCUGAUCACGAAAGACCCAGAAGUUCGUAAAUUUGAACAGGUUUCUUGGGCGAGUGAGUUGUACCCGCAUCCGCUUUUCCGCUAUACAAAUUUGUCGUCAAAUGGCUCCCAAACUCAGGGUCAAAUAUUUCCUGUUCAUGAUAUCGCCCUUAUCCGUCUCAACAAACGGUUAAGAUUUACUGAACGAGUACAGCCCAUCCAACUCCCGGAUUCGGACAACUUUAUAAUCAAAGGAAAUGGGACAGUGGUCGGAUAUGGGAGGAAGGAAGUGACGGGGCGGUGGACGCGAGUGCUGAGAAAGGUGGACAUUCCUUUAGUGGAGUGGUCAAAAUGCAAAAAAGUUUUCAGUGGAGUUGCCAAUGUGUCACAGGAAAUGUUUUGCACGGGGACGAAGGAAGGCGGAUUGACCCCUUGUCAAGGUGACUCUGGUGGAGGUAUAACAUGCAAUGAAGAUGGUCAUUCAGAUCGGAAAAUUCUAUGUGGAAUUGCUUCAUUCGGUGCAAAAAAUUGCGCAAAUUUUUCUGUUUAUACAAGAAUUUCGGCUUAUCGAACGUGGAUACAGAGCAUUGUGGGGGAUGGCAAGGAAAACUAAGUACUAUUUAUUUAAGACUUUUCAAUUACAAUUAAAUAGAAAUUAAGUACAUGUAAAUUAUUUUACUCUGUUCACAAAAAUUGCUUGCUUUAAGAUGUAAAGAUAUAAGAUGCAAAUAUACUGUAAUUAUGGAAUAUCAA